ACUAAUUAGUAAUUACCACCCAUAAUGGGAAACUGCAGCUCCUCCGAUUCCACUCAGCUUGCCACGGCCAAACUCCUUCUGCAAGACGGGAGGCUGCAGGAGUUCUCCUAUCCGGUAAAGGUUUCCUUCCUCUUGCACAACUAUCCCGCCUGCUUCAUAUGCAACUCCGACGAAAUGGAAUUCCACGACGUCGUUUCGCCCAUCCACGAGGACCAAGUGCUGCAACCCGGACAACUCUAUUUCGCGCUUCCAUUGAGUCUCUUGAGGCACUCUUUGCAGCCUCACGAGAUGGCUGCAUUGGCCGUCAAGGCCAGCUCCGCGCUCAUGAAAACCGCCCACAAAUGCGGCUCUCGCCGAAAACAGAUUUUGUUCUCUAACGAAUAUGACUCUAACCCUAAGCGCGUGUCUCCCACACUCGCUGCUGAUGCCGGAACUGUACAUAGGAGAGGAAGAGCCACUGGCGCUUCCGGUGGUAAGGGGAGGUUUGCGGCGUUGUUGAGUUCGAUACCGGAGUAGGGGCUGUUUUGGAAGAAAAUUAUACGGUGGUGAUUUUGUUCGUUUGUAUAUAAAUAGUUUUUCUAAAAAAAGCUGUUUCAGAUGAAGCGAUUAGAUUCUUGGAGAUGAACUAAGUCGUUCGUGUUUUAGCAUGAAAAUGUUUUUUAUUUCUUUUUUUUAACAUUCUUUUUGCUUUAAGUUAAGUUUUAAAUAUAUAAUUAUAUUAUAGAUUUGGAGAAAAGACUUUGUGUUCAAGUAAUUCUAUAAAAGUUGAGUAAGAUUAUUUCUUAUA